UGCCAAAUGAGUUUUGGCGGACAGGCCAUGAUUCAAGACUUAGACCCUGAGGCAGAGCCUGUGGAGCCUGAAUAUCAACCGAUAGCUACUAUCCCUCGCACAGCCGAUGCUAAUGAUCGAUAUGAUGUGUUGGUCAUUGUCUUAUUCGUUGAAGAUACUCGAUCAAUAACAACUUCAUCUGGUGUUACACAUGAAGUGCGCGAGCGCUGAACAACCGUUAACCAUUUCUGUGUGGGACGAUCUUACAGGGACAGAAGCCAACCUCUUGAAAUCAUGGGUUGGGCCAGCCCUUGUCGUUGGCUUCACAUCUCUCAAACCAUCUAGCCACAAAGGUUUUUCUCUUUCAACUACUAUGUCAACUUCAUUUCACCGCAAUCCAGUUGGAGAUAGAGCAGAUGCACUACGCCAAUGGUCCAGGGAAAAGCGUGCACUGGUGCUUUCAAGGAUGGAACGCAUUCAGGAGGUUCGGAAUCCAACCGAACAAAAUGAAGUCCUCUCGAUUGAGUCGAUCAAGUUAAAAGAGGUCGGAAAUACGCUACAGGAUGAAAGGCACUGGAUUAAAAUCACCAUUCCAGAACCCGAGCGCUCGAAAAUUGUGACAUACAUCGGCUGCAACAACUGCGGUAAGAGAACUGAAAUGGAUGUCGGCUCUUCCUUCGCAUGCAAGUUUUGCUCCAAGGAAGGAUGCAUAGCAGCUCCUAGAAUAACUUUCAAAUUUGACGCUACCGAUGGCACCGGAGAUAUGACCUUCACAGCGUUCACCCAAGAAUGUGAAAUCCUUUUUAGGAUGGACGCAUCUGAGAUCUACGAUGAAAUUGCUGCUGGAAUAUUCAAAUUUGAACCAAUCGCACACCGGCUUAGCACAAGGCCAUUCCUCUUACAAAUUGCUCCAGGGACCGCACUUGCUCGGAACAAGAUCCUAACUUGGGUUCCAAAGGCUGUUCGCUGGAAUUAGCACAGCCCAGUUAACUAAUCUGCCCUUUUUGCAUAAUGUGGGCUUCUGAUAGGAACAAAGAUCUUUUGUGUUGCUCACUUCAAAUCAC